CGUUAAGAUGGAUUGCAAUUGCAAGUGGAUUGAUUAUUCAUAGAUCAGAAUUUGUAUGAUAAUUUCAACAUGUAUGUUUGCCAUGAGGCAAAAGUGCAAUGAACCUUGUGGCUGGCAAAUUGGGUUAGCACAUGCAAUGUAUCCCGAGUGCCUGGAUUUGUGUCAGCCUCGAGCACAAUUAAAAUCAAUAGAGCGCAGUGAAAUCACUCAGGUGUCUGACAACUCCUGCAGGACAUUCGUCAGUCGCGUUUAUUACUGGGUAGUGAAAAGUUCGGCCAUGGAACUGCGUCGGAAAAUCGCUCUGCGCAUUCUGCCUCUAUUUUUGGUCAUCUUUCUAUGCACAAUGGGCGAGGCAUAUCUGAAGAGUGUCCGUGUGGAUGAGAUUCCCUUUGCCGGCAGAAAGGUCCUGGCCAAUCGCCGGUCCAGUGGCAUUCAUCUCAUUUCGAGUUUGGAGCAUCAGCGCACCUUUCUUCACCUCUUCCAUGUGCCCUACAUCAUUUGCUUUUACGCCGCAAAGGGAAAAUGGCCGUAUGUGCCGGGAUUCAUGAAAUACCGAGUUGACAAUGCGGCGCGCAGUUUCUUCAAUCAGAACGACAGUUUCAUCAAACAGUUUUGCACCAAGUGGAUUCAGGUCAAGGAGUGCUUUCGUCCCCUUUUCGACAAAUCAAAUACCACAGAUUCGGAGGUGGAAACGCUGGAUGCCAAAAUUCAGGGACAGCGCUGCAACUGCGACAAGUUGCUCCUCUCAACGGAGGCACCUGUACCGGUCGUCUACUUCGACAAGAACUACAUUGGAAACGUUAGUUCGGAAACCAUUAUGAAUACCAUUGAAUUUCUGGAGAGUUUCCUGCCGCCGCCCACUAAAAAACACAAGCGCAAGAAUCGAGUUCGUGGACGCUUAGACGAUAUGGACAUUGAAUAGAUAUCAUUUCAGCAGAUAUCGCCAGCACUCAAAUUUAAAUUUUAAU